CUUGUAAUUUAAGAAUCAUGUAGACAAACUAAGGAAUUUUAAGGCCUUACAAUUAUAUUUGCUGUCCUGAAUGCUUUAAAUUUCAUUCGGACAUUUGAUCGAACACGUACAACCCGCGCCACGACGCCGCACCGCCUCUGCAGGGCUACACGUGUUCCCUUCUCCUUCUUUCUUCCCAUGCACGCCCGCAUAAACCCCCGCCCACGACCGUAAAACUCCGCCCUGUGCUGCCACAGCCCUCAUCCGGCAGAUUCUCAAGAAAAUGCAUCGCUUCAAAUCUUCCUUGCAGUUCCUCAAAUUCAGACCCCUCUCCAGUUCCGCCUGCAACUGCGCGAAACUCUUCUCCACGCAGACCCCUCUCCAGUCGGCAGGCCCCAUGGCCUGCCUUCUCAAAACCCGGUCCGUGAUCCGGUUUAAAGGGCCCGAAACAAUUAAAUUCCUUCAGGGUCUGGUGACUAACGAUGUGCGGAGUUUAGACGAACCGGAACCGGCGGCUGAGAACACCUUUACCCCCAACAUGCCGGUGUGUGUAACCCCUCCGGUGUACGCCGCAAUGUUGACUCCUCAAGGUAGGUUUCUUUACGACUUCUUUCUGUAUAGAGCGCCCCGUACAGACGAGAAGCUCGACCGGACCGGGUCAGGGCCCGGGCCCGACCCGGGGGAGCUGGAGAUUUUCGCGGAUGUUGAUGGGUCUGUCAUGGAUGAGCUCCUGGCAACCUUAAAAAGAUAUCGUUUGAAGUCUAAAGUUGAUAUUGAGAAUGUGGCAGAAAAUUUCUCUUGCUGGCAACGGUUUGGUGGUAACCUUCCAGAGAAGUCUUCAUCUCUAGAAGAAUCAGAAGGUAAUUCUGUUGGUUGGGGUGGAAAUGUUGAUCUUACUGGUGUAUCAGCUUCACGAGGAAGUACUCUUGGUUGGCAAUGGAAUAAGGAUCCAAGAUUGGCUUGUCUUGGAUAUAGGGGCAUCUUUCCAUCCAACGCUACGCCACCUCUUGUUGAGGCAGACAAAGAAACUGAUGAAGGAAAUUUUCUUCUCUGGAGAUUAGAGAAAGGAGUUGCUGAAGGCUCCACUGAGAUCCCAAAAGGUGAGGCAAUACCACUAGAGUAUAAUCUUGCUGGUCUAAACGCAAUAAGCUUUGAUAAAGGGUGCUACAUUGGCCAAGAGCUCAUUGCUCGUACACAUCACCGAGGAGUCAUCCGAAAGCGUUUGAUUCCUUUGAGAUUUCUGCAUGAGGGGGGGAAAGAAGUCGAGCAAAAAGUUGCUCCUGGUUCAGAGGUGAUUGAUUCAGCAUCUCAAAAGAAAGUCGGAACAGUUACAACUGCAAUUGGAUCUCGUGGGCUUGGACUGCUUCGCUUGGAGGAAGCUUUCAAGGGUUCUGGCACCUUGAGCAUAAAAGGUCAGGAAGACGUAAACAUAGAGACCAUUAGACCAAAAUGGUGGCCUUCUGAGUGGUUUCUAGAUCACCAACAGCAGAGUGCAGCUGCCUAGCACCACUGGCCCUUUAUGCAUUCAUGGUAAUGGAAAAUCUUGUGCUACUCGAACAAAAUAAACUUAAGAUUGCUCUUCGAGGCCAUCUACUGUAAAAUGAACAUGACUAUGCAUAGAAAUUUGUGUUGGGAACUCUUAUGCCAACGGUAGUGAGCUGUUGAUUCUCAAGUUUGAGCGGUAAUGAAAAUAAUCACAUACAUAGCUUUGUGUAUGUUGAGAGGCUACAGAUGAAAGAAUGCAUAUUGUUGAUUCUA